GCUGUGUCCCUCUUCUAAAUCCUUGCUGCUGAUGCUUGUCCUUCUGGGCCAAGAUGUGGGACAUUACAGAGCCUUUCGAGUCCUCUCAGGCUGAUGAAGCAGCAGAAGGUGAGGCCUUGAUGUAUCUGACAAGGCGCCGCAAGGGGCUGGCAGUGAACGCAUGUGCCCAUGCCAUCUUCUGCAAACUUCCCCACGACGUCAGGCACAGCAGGACUGAGAAGGGUUUGCCAACUUCCUUGGGGGACAGCCAUGGCCCGAAGGUUGGGAUUAUUGGCAAGGACCACCUUGGGAAGCAGCCGGCCCGAGCAUUCCUGAUGCUGGCUGGACUCUGUGCACCCAGUAUCUGUGUUUCCACCAGGUGCCCUGAGAGCCUGCCAGACCUGCAGAAGCAGGGGCUCGCGUGCUUUUAUGACAACACUCAGCUGGUGGCCUGGGUGGAUGUUGCGUUCCUCUGCUGCCUCCUGUCACAUGUGCCAUCCAUCUGCUCCGUCGUUCGGCCUGCCAUCCAGAAACACUGCGUUGUGUACAGCCUCGUCACCGCUGUCCCUCUCCUCAGGUUGAAGCAACUCCUUUGCUACAGUGCCACCGUGAGGCCGCGGCCCCCGGCCGCGGGCCAGGAGCCGCUCUGUGGGCGGGGGGCGAAAGGGACGGUCCCAGCGGCGCUGCGAGAGCCUGGUGCUGCUGCGCCGGCAGCGUGCCCCUGCCGUUCCCGAGGGAAAAGGAAAAUAAGAGUCAAUGCUGAAUGGCUGGUGGCCAUUUUCUGUGCAGCCCUGAACAGCAGCACGCGGCAGAGCCUGCCUCACCAGAAGGCACUGAAAUUACUCAGUGACCUCUGUGUUCCUGAACACUGCCCCAUCUGUGCAGAGCAGAAAACUUCCUGCCCACGGUUUGUGUGCAAGAGUUUUGCCAGCAAAGGUUUUGCCUCUUCAAGAGGGGUAAGUAAAGGAACCUUCCCCUGCUUUGACCUGACAGCUGCACAACUGAGAGAGCCUCCCUUUAGCCAGCUGCUAGAAAAGAGUGAGCCUGUCCAGCGCCAUCUUGCUCUACUAUAGCAGGCACCCUUUGGAGACUGGCCUACAAAGCAAUGUGGGCUGAUCAGCACCAAGACAUCUCUUACUUCAGCUGUAGUGGAGCCUGGUGUGAUGUUGGAUGACACCUCCAUCCUCCAAGCUGCUACUGACAUUUUCUCAGAAAUUCCAGAGGAAACUGCUGACCAUGAUUCUAAAUCCUUGUAA